AUGACGGACGACGCCCGACGUCGAGGGACGCGAACGACGCCGAAUGCGAUCGCGGCGAUCGCGGUGGACGUGGCGGUGAAGGCGUUGGGGGUCGGAGGUGGGCACGCGAGCGGGGGGGGGGAGACGAUCGGAUGCGACGAGCUCGAGCGGCGGGUGACGCGCCUGGCGCUGCGAAAGAUGCGAUCGGCGGCGGCGGUGGAGAUGGGGAUGGAGGCGGAUGGAAUCUCGGAUCCGAUGGAUGUUGGUGAGGUUGUGGAUCGAUCGGGACGGUCGGACGGGACGCGCAUCGAUACGAGGGAAAUCUUUAGCGCGUCGUCGACGGAGAACUCGCUCCACGGCGGUCGGCGAUUCGCGCGAUUGCCGAGAGUGGACUCGUUCGAGGGAGAGAUCAAGUUUGAUUCGGUCUUGCCGUCUUUGGACGCGGAAAUAUCGAGUGAAGACGACGGUCGACGCGCGCCGACGCCCGGGAAGACGCGGUCGUGGUUGAAGGAAGCUGAUCAAGCGCUCCCGGAGGAGGCGGAGACGACGAGAAGUUUGCGAACUUCGGAGAACGCGUUGCUGCAGUCACCGAAGCGAAACGGAUCGAUGACGUUCGUCACGGCAGAUGAUGAUGACACGCGAUUGCGAUUGGUAACGACGCCAAAAACGCUCGCUCCUAGACCUCGCCGUCCGGACUCUCCUUCAAGCUCUCCACAUAAUACGUUCGCAGAGGGUUCGCAGGGCAUCAGUCGCAGCACGUCCAUCAGCUCCUUUGCUUCGGCGUUCUCACCGCUAUCGCGAGCGGCAUCAAAGGGAGAUUUCAGUUAG